CUACUGACACUAGAGGACACACGGCCUCUCUCAUCCUUCUCAUAUCUUUUUCUCCUGUAUCUAUUUAACACAGUGCGUACUAUCCCAUAUAAAUGACUCAUAAUACACGGGACAAUUAGCACUUGGUGUCAUGGACUCCUCGUAAAUACUGUUAUUCAACACUUCUUUACUUGCGUUUUCUUGUACGGAAGACUAUCAAAUAAUACUUCCGGUUCUUGUGACUUCCGGAUAAGUGAGUUAAAUUGUGAACUCAUGGAAACCGGUUUCGAUUUAGUGAAUUCUACUCGUGAAGAAUAUUCUUGCAGGUUUAGAAAAGAAUAAAAAUGAGGAUAGAUGGUUCUGGAACGGGUUCUACUUGGUAAAAUAAUUACAAGAUCAAUAAAGAUGGCGUCCAAUACCAGGAGUAAAAAGGAAGAAAUUACCCGUGGAGCUAUUCAAGUUGGGAAACGAAAUGAUGAUCAGUUCUCUACCUCCAGUAGCAGUACAACUAACAGUCCCAGGAUGUCAAGAUCUGCUAAACGAUGCAUGACGAGUGCUAGAGAAUCUGAUCUGCUACAGAAAGUAAAAAGUGUGGUCCCCAAUCUAGUCAAUAGUAUGCAUAAGGGACAGUGUGGUAGAAUAGCUGUAUUCGGAGGGUGUAUUCUCUACACUGGAGCUCCAUACUUUGCAGCUAUAUCAGCCUUAAAGGUUGGAGCGGACCUUGUACAUGUAUUCUGUGAGAAAGAUGCUGGAACUGUGAUAAAGACGUAUAGUCCUGAACUCAUUGUACACCCUGUACUAGAUACUGAGUACGGUAUGGAGGAGAUUGAUUCAUGGCUUCCCAGAUUACACUGUAUAGUGCUGGGCCCUGGUCUUGGUAGAAAUCAAUCUAUGUUGGGUAGAAUAUCUUUAAUAUUAGACAAGGUCAAAUCGUUCAAUGUUCCAAUUGUGAUAGACGCAGAUGGUUUGUGGCAUCUUACAACCAAUCCGGGGAUUCUCAAGGGGUACAAGAAGGCAGUGAUUACACCGAAUGCAAUGGAGUUCUCCAGACUCGUUAAAUCUAUUCUCUGCAAGGAUAUACCUCCUAAUGGACUACCUGACCCUAAGCUAGUGGCUGAAUUAUCAACUGCACUGGGUCAUGUGACUGUAGUUCACAAAGGAGCCCAUGAUAUAAUCUCCAAUGGUCUAUAUACUGAGAUCUGUGAUACUGCUGGCUCUCCAAGAAGAUGUGGUGGGCAGGGUGACCUACUGGCUGGUUCUCUAGCUACAUUCCUUCACUGGUCCUUGGCGCACUCUGACCUACCAGCUCCUGGACCAACUAUGAUUGCUGCGUGGGGAGCAUGCCGGUUAACUCGAGGCUGUGCUGCACAGGCAUUUAAUGAGUGCGGCAGAUCAGCGACUACUACAGACCUCAUUAAUCAGAUACAUGCAGAGUUCACAAGAUUGUAUGAGAAUGAAACCUACUUAUAAAGGAAAAGACAUCAGACACUAGACAAGAGACACCAGAAACUAGACAAGAUAUACCAGAAACUGAAUCAAGGACACCAUACACUUAGGAAAAAAAAUUGCAUUCUCUGGAUGUCGUCUUACCUUGCGAUGUUGAAACUAUAAAAGAUUCAAGCAUAUUCUGUUCUCCUGUAAAUAAUAAAAUGAAAACCUAACUAUUAAAUCGAUUGAUCAAUUGAUUACUUUAUUGAUUGAUUUGUUGAUUAACUAUACAGCAUUUUCUCUUAUCAUGACGCCGUUUUACAUUGUCUGACCAAAGUGUGCAACUUGGAAAGUUUUUAUUGUUAAAGAAAAUGAGCUUUGGCCACAAACUCAAAUU